CCGCACAUCAGCGCUUGCUAGUGGCUUACAGGACGCUGGCUCGACUUUUCAGCUCAUCAGCUGAUGGGAGAAGCACCGGAACGUCGGCGCAAAGCGCACCCCGGGCAAUAAUCGUGAUCAAUAGCACGCUUUUGCGCUGUGUGCGCUUCCGCAGCGAGCAGUCGUGCGCAGGAAUAUUCAUUCACAGCAGCCUCUUUCAGCAGGCUCCACCACAAAACAUAUUGCGAGGCGGGGGAUACUGCUCCAAAGAAUUCGGGAGGCCGCGCACGACAGCAGCUGCCAUGGUCGACAAUUGCUGGGUCUGCACCGUCGAGAUGCACGCGCGCCGAGGCGCCGAGAUCACCUGGAUCUACCCGGAAGAGGACGCCAGCGCCACGCGCCGGGCGGUCUUCGAGGCGGAGCUGCCCUUCGCGUGCCUCGGCGAGGCGUCGUCGAGCCGCGCGCGCGACGUGCGCGACGCGGCGGCGACGCGGUUCGUCGUCGCGAGCGGCGAGCGGCGGUACUUCGGCUGCUCUGCGUCUCGGACGGACUGCGGCGACGGCGCCGAGCGCGGCGCACGGCAGCGGGCGGUGGCCAUCGUCGCGGCGACGCCCGUCUUCGACCUGCUGGCGGAGAAGGUGCUAGUCCUGGCGUCGCUACCGCCCGACGACGACGACACUCGGGCCUCGCUGCGCGCGGCGCAAGCCUCCGUGGCGAAGGAGGCGUGCGGGUCGCGCUACGAUGACUUCGCCGCCGCGUGCCCGUGCCGCGCGGUCGUGAAGCGGCUCGGCGCGAAGGCGGUCGCCGACACAACGCUGGCCGCGGCGCUCGCGGCGAAAGUCGUCAUCUACGGCGCCUCGCCCGCGAAGGCGAGCGAGUGCUGUUUGGCGCUCGCCGCGCUCCAGCCCGGGCUGGUGUCUCUGGGCCUCACCAGGUCGCUUGAGGACGUCAACCCGCGGCUCCACGUACACGCGUUCCGGUGGCGCGCCCGCGGGUUCCCGCUGCUCGACUACGCGGCGUGGCCCGUCCAGCCGCUCGCCACGGUGGCCACCGUCGAUAGGUACGCGCCGGAAGGAGCGUUGGAUGGCGCGAGCGACCGCGGCUACUGCGUCGCGACGUGCGUCGCGGCGUCCCAGGAAUUUUCGUUGAUUCUUCACUUGACUCCUCGAUUGCGCGGAGACACGCCAUCGCCGCGGCGUCGUCUCAAUGCCAUAUCCGCGCAGGACGAACGCCAUGGUCGCCAAGCGGCUCGCGCGGCACGCGGACGUGAUCGUCGACGUCGACGCGGGCACGGUCGAGCGGCGCACGCCGCUCGCGAAGGCCGCGGCCGCGGCGGCCGCGAGCGGCGCGGUGGCCGCUGUCCUGAAGACGCACGCCGCCGCGCCGCUCUACUCGAUCGCGUACAAGGGCGGCGACGCCUGGACGCGUAGAUGUGUUGAGGACGCGCUCCACGCCGCGCUGGCCGACGCCGCGCCGCCGCCGAAGACGUCGCUCCUCUCGCGGCUCCGGGGCUCCACAACAACGUGGGGCGACCUCGCCCGAGCGGCGCCCCACUUCCAGCGGUGGCGGCGCCGCGCCCACGCCGCGGCCGAGGAGCCCGCCGCCGAGGCGCCCGUGUUCACGGAGACGUACGAGGGCGAGCGCGACGAGUUCGGGCGCCGCCGGGGCCGGGGGCGGUGCGUCGCGCCGGACUACACCUAUGAUGGCGAGUGGGCCGAGGACGCGGCGCACGGCCGCGGAGCGCUGACGACCUCUACCUUCAGCUACGAGGGGACCUUCCGCGACGGCGCGUUCCACGGGCGGGGCCGCUGGCGGAAGGCCGACGGGUCGCGCAGCUACGAGGGCGAAUUUGAAAGUGGCGAGUUCCACGGCGCGGGCAAGCUCGAGCGCCGCGCGGACGGCGACGACGCGGGCGCCUGGACCUCGUACGUCGGCGAGUGGAGGAGGGGAAAGCGCCACGGCACGGGCACGUGCGUCUAUGCGGACGGGUCGACGUACUCGGGCGAGUGGAGAGACGGAGAGGCGCACGGCGAGGGCGUGCGCACGCGCGAUGGGGCGGUCUACCGGGGCCAGUUCGUCGGGGGCUUGCGGCACGGCGCCGGCGUCCUCACGACGGGCGAGGGCGACGUCUACGACGGCGUGUUUAGGGAGGACGCCAUGGCGCCCGACGCGGCGUUCACGGUCACCUACGCCGACGGGAGGAGAUAUGGGGGCCGCGUCAAGGACGGCGUGCCGUCGGGGAGCCACGGGAUGAUGAAGUACGCCGACGGCUCCUUCUACGAGGGCGACUUCAGCGAUGGAUUAAGAUCCGGUAAGGGCACGCUCUUCGAGGGGCCGGACCUCGCGCCGCGGACGGGCGACUGGCGCUGCGACGUGCUGGUGCAGCUGCGGCGGCCGUCCGACAGCGGCAGCUCCAUCGCGCCGUCGCUCUCGAACUGGCGCAGCCUCGACGACGACGACGACGCGUUCGCGUCCGCGUCGUCCGAGGAGGACGAGCCCGUGGCGAUGCCGCCGACGCCGCCGACGCGGCGCGUGUCGGGCACCUUCGACGAAAGGGAAGGCGCGUCGUCGGCCCUCGCGCCCUCGCCGCCGCGGGCCCACGAGGUCUCGCGGCCGCCGCGGCGCGGCGUCGCCAGAGUGCGUUAUACGAACGGAGACGUGUUCGAGGGCGCCUUCGCGCGCGGGCUGCGGGACGGCCGCGGCGUCUUCGAGGAGGCGCUGACGGGCCAUAGGUACGAGGGGGACUGGGUGCGCGGCGAGCGCGACGGCGAGGGCGAAUUCGUGUCGGGCGACGGCGCGUUUCGCUACAGCGGGACGUGGCGGAAGGGCCGCCGCGCCGGGCGCGGCCGGGCGGAGAUUCACGGCAGCACCUACGAGGGCGAGUGGAAAAACGAUGCGUUCCACGGUACUGGAGUCUUGGUGGACACCGCCGGGAACCAGUACGAAGGCGAGUUUCAACAAGGGCGCAAGCACGGCUCCGGCACGCAGACGUAUGCUGAUGGGUCCAAGUAUAGUGGGGAAUGGCGCGACGGCGUGCGCCACGGAACGGGCCACCUCGUUGCGCGGGACGGGAGCACCUACAGCGGCCAGUGGCGAGACGGCGUCCCGAGCGGCGAGGGGACGCGCGUGGCCGCGACCGGCGCGACGCACCGCGGCGUGUUUGCCGACGGCAAGCCGCACGGCUGGGGCGUGGCCACGGAAGACGGCGUCGAGCGCGAGGGCGAGUGGGACCGCGGCGCGGCCCUGGAGGACUGCGACUGGACGCUGAAGUAUGAUGAUGGAAGAAGGUACGCCGGGCUGCUCAAAGGGGGCGUCCCCCACGGUGAGGGUGUCAUGAAGUGGGCCUCGGGCGAGUCCUACGCCGGCGCGUUCGUCGAGGGCAAGCGCGCGGGCCGGGGCAUAGCUGUCUUCGCGGACGGCUCGGUCUACGACGGGCUGUGGCGCCACGACCACCCGGCGCUCGUGGGCCAGGGCAAGCUCACACGCGCCGACGGGAGCGUCGUGUUCGCGGAGCCGUCGCUGCCGUAGAUAUGUGUUGUAACUAGUUCUUGUUUCU